GGCAUUUCCAUUUGCACCGUUUGUUGUAAAUCCGCUGUAAAACCCACCAAGAUGUUCCAAGCCAAAUCCGUUUGCCUCCUGCUCGCCCUCUGCCUUUUGGCCAUGUUCUUGGCCGGAUGCGAGGCACGCCCACAGGAGGGUCGGGAGGAGGGCGGCGACCAGGAGGUGAAUGUGGAGGCCGAGGAGAAGGAUCUCGAGGGAGCCGCUUCAUUUGGAUACGGAUACUACUCAUCGCCCUACCUGGGCGGCUACUACGGUGGAUAUUGGCCGCAUUACAGCGGCAGUUACUAUGGAAUUGGUUAUCCUUACUACGGAGGCUAUGGAGGAUACUACGGACACCAUCACCACGGACACUAUGGACACUACUUCUAGGAAGGAUUCUUCAGCCCUCUCUUACAAAUAACAAUAGUUUCAGCCUCAGUAGAACUUUAUCAGCACCAGACGUCUACCAGCACUAGCUCGAAUAGAAGAAAUUAAGUAGAGAUUUAGAAGUCGAAAAAAAUUAGCAUUAAUAGCCAGCACUAGCCUCAAUAGCCAGACGAUGCGUUCUUGACCGGAUGGCGAACAGAUUAACUGCACUGCCCCAUUGCGCGAGGAUAAUUGCUUCAAUUAAGCAGAAAAUCACAAAGAAAAGAGUA